AUAACAAAAAGAAAAAGAGUAGCUCUACCAUAUUUUCUUGCCCCAAACUCGCUUUUGGGAUUUCAUUACUAAUCCAGAAAACAAAAAAGGAAGAAGAGAUAAUUAAGAAGUAUAUCAUUAUCUUUGCUUCUCUUUUUUUUUUAAAUCUAUUUUUGCCCCACACACCCAACAGAAAAAGGAAGGAAGAAAAUCAGGAUUCUUCUUCCUAAUCCCUCCUCGAUUCUCCCAAGAAAGUCCCGUCGCCACCGUCAAAUUCCUCCGACAUGGAUCUCCUCCUCUUAUCCGUUCGAAGCUGUUAGUCGAUUUCACAGUCUCCAUCCCUGCUAGGCAGCUCCAGAUGGAUGACCACAUCAAUGGCAACAAGGUGACCGGGAUUCGCCAAAUCGUCAGGCUAAGGGAGAUCCUCCACAAGUGGCAAGCCGUCACCAUCGGCUCGUCGUCGUCGUCGUCAAGAUCCAACGGCGGCGGCGGUGCAACAUCUCGCGUUAGCCAGCCGGCUCUAGGAGGGAUCUCCCCGGCGAUCAACAACAGAGUGGCGAACAUCAUCAAGAGCAGCUGCGACUCCGACGAGGAAGGAUGCCCGAGCCCCGACGCCGAGCCGCCGGUCGACGUCCCAAAGGGUUACCUGGCGGUUUACGUCGGGCCGGAGCUCCGGAGGUUCAUCAUCCCGACGAGCUACCUGAGCCACUCGUUGUUCAAGGUGCUGCUGGAGAAGGCGGAGGAGGAGUUUGGGUUCGACCACAGCGGCGGUCUAACCAUCCCUUGUGAGAUCGAGACCUUUAAGUUUCUGCUCAAAUGCAUGGAGCAUCAUCCCAAGGAUCAUAAUGCAGAUGAUGAUGAUGAUGAUGAUGGCACAGGUAAUAAGCAAUGAACUAUCAUGAGUAUUCAU